GUUGCACUUCACUACCUUACAACACCUUACAUCGUUGGUGGACUUAGUGAUAAUCAUCUAAUUCUUUGUAAAUAAACUGAAUUUUCAACACAUUUGAUAUUAUUCUGGAACACAUUAUAUUUUGUCAAUAAGAAGCAAUGCAAAAUUACAUGUACUGUACUUUCAUCCAUUGAAGCAUAUCAGCACAAAUCAGAUGAAGUCAAUAUUUUGUGUAAAAUCGAGUACAAUAUUGAAAAAUACAAGACAACGAGGGUAUAAAGUUUGAUCAAAGGCAAUUUUGAUUUGUUGAAGCAAAAAUAUAAUCCAUAUGAUUUGUUUUAAAAUUUGUCAGAUGCUACUCUUUAACUCAACAAUGCUUUAGACUAUGAGUGGGAGAGCAGAGAGUUCAACAUUAUAUAUGCCCGGCAAUCGCGAACCUAAAAAUUACCCAUAUUUGGGAGAUGAAAUUCGCCAACGAGCAAUAAAAGCAGCUGAAUACUAUCAUAAAACGGUGUUAAAAGAAAAUGAACAACCAAUCCCAGAGCCUGGUGACGACAACGUUCUGUCAACAGGACCUGAAGCAGAAAUUCCACAUGGUGGUUUGAUAGCAGAUAGGCUUAAAAGAUUUAACGAUAACACUCCUGGAAAGGAGGCUAACAGUAGUAGGAUGAUGUCAUCAGGUGAGUUCAGAGCAACACCAGUCAACCUUGAUUAUGUAAUGGUAGACGACCUUUCCCGGAAAAAUGAAUUCAAAAGACACCAUGAGCUAAGAAGCUCUGGUCAUACACCAAGGUCAAAUGCUUACGUAUCAGUAAGGGAGCGAGCGGAACGGUUUACAGACGAUCGACGUCGACGUGGCUCACCAUCGUUACUUAGAAGAAACAAUAAAUUUGCGAUGCUUGACAAAUCAGACGAGAAUAGAGGAGGGGCAGCAUUGACCCCAGCUAAUUUAAAAGCAUUGUCACGUGCAGACAAUAGAAAUCUCUUCUAUCCACUAAGGAAGAGUUCAAGUAAUUCUACGAUUGAUGGUCACGAUGCAAACAGCAACCUGUUUUCUGCUCGUGCUAGGGAUUAUGGUAGUACAUCCUCAAUAGAUGUUCAAAGCCACAGUGGAGAUAGUUUUUUCCAAAUGUUGCAGGAAUUUAAAACUGAAAGCGAUCAACGGAGUCCAGCUCCACCAUCUUUUCAAAAACUUCUACGGGGAAACAUUCAAAGCCAGCAGCAGUCACAGCAAAACCCUCCCCCACCCCAAAGCUAUAAACCCCAAAUAGCUCAAGUUGAAAAUGUUGUUAAUGGAUCUGAAAAAGAAGCAACAGAUGCUGAGAACAUUCUUAGUCCUCAACAGAAACGCAGAGCACAAUUUAAGAGAGAAAAACUAAAGGGACGCUCAAAGUCAGUAACUGGAGGUGAAUCGUCAUUUCUGAGGAAAAUCCGUGGUGUUAAAGCAGAAAAUUCCGAUAGGACUAAAAACAGUGAUAAUGAUGGAAACAGUGCAGUGGAUAGUCGAGUUGGUAGAAAGGCCUUUUCUCAUUAUGAUAUGCAAAGUAUGUGUGUGGAUUUAUCGGACGUGGUCGGAAAGAGAGACUCGCUUUUACGACGAAAAAAUACUUCAACAGGUGCGUCUGCAGCUUCAAAGACGACAGAAACUGGCACUCCUCAGGGAAGUAUGGAGAAUUUACUUGAAAUCGAUGAGCAAGAACCUGUUGAUAGCAAAUCUAAUGAAUUAGUACUUGGCUGUCCAUUCUUUAUAAAUGAAAUCGGAGGAGAAACAGUUCGUAAAGUAAGCUUAGCACGUACUGGUCGGUCUAUGAGACGUUAUUUACACUCAGGAAUCGUUGAGGGAGGUAGAGAUUUACACAACUUGGUUGGCAACAAGGGUAAUUAUUCACGAGGACCAUUAUUGGAACAUAUUGAUCAUGGUGCUUUUUAUUAUCGGAAAUAUUUUCAAGGACAAGAUAAAGUGCUUUUAGGAUUGGAAGUUGAGCCAUUGAUACUAAUAAGCAAGAAAUACAAAAUAGGAAUACUGUUCUGUAAAGCUGGUCAAAACACUGAGGAGGAGAUGUAUAACAAUGAAUUUGGAAGUCCCGCAUUUGAGGAGUUUCUUGAUUGUUUAGGGACGAAGGUUCGGUUAAAGGACUUUGAAAAAUUCAGGGCACAGCUGGACAACAAGUGUGAUUCUACAGGUACUCAUUCCCUUUAUGCCACAUACCAAGACAUUGAGAUUAUGUUCCACGUUUCAACUAUGCUUCCAUUUUCUAAUAGCAAUAAGCAGCAGUUAUUGCGAAAAAGGCACAUAGGUAAUGAUAUAGUCACAAUCAUUUUCCAAGAGCCGGGUGCGAAGCCGUUCACCCCAAAAACAAUUCGUUCCCAGUUCCAGCAUGUUUUCAUUAUUGUCCGUGCACAUGAACCAACCACAGAAAACGUUCGAUAUUCUGUUGCUGUUUCAAGGUCUAAAGGCGUUUCAUCUUUUGGACCUUAUUUCUCGGCAAAUAUGAAAUUUAAAAAAUCUGGUUCAUUUGCUGAAUUCCUACUCGCCAAGGUAAUCAAUGGUGAAAAUGCUGUUCAUAAGUCAGAAAAAUUUGUUUCCAUGGCAACUCGAACAAGAUUAGAGUACUUGAAAGAUUUGGUAAAGGACAAUGUGACGCAAACGACCAUUGAUUCAAGCAGCAAGCUUGGAAAGUUUGCCAUCUUUGAUCGCAAGAAAGAAAAGGUCACACCAAAAACUCCACCAGAUAUGUCAUUGAAGGGUGCCCUCAUGUGGUAUGUCCAGGCAGAUCAGUGGUCACCACUAGCUGGUGGAGAGUGUGAUCAGGUUGGUGAUUUCAGUUUGGCAGAACCAGUUGAUAGUAUUUUAGGCAUCUCGACAGAGCUUUUUACUUUGAUGGAUUACUCAAGCAAACUGCCUAUUUUCUGCAUUCCUUCUAUGGCUAUCAUAGGUUGGACUGUUAAUGAAAACUGUUUAAAGGUGUAUUUUAAUGAAGGAGACUGCGUUGUCGUCCAUCUUGUGGAAGGUGGAGAUGGAAUCACAGAAGUUGUCGCUAGGCUUAAUAUGGUUUCUAAAGGUGCUAAGUCAAGUGAAGUAACAUUACGAAGGAAUGGUCUAGGCCAGUUAGGAUUCCAUGUGCACUACCAAGGAGUAGUGGCAGAAGUAGACCAGUACGGCUUUGCUUGGCAAGCUGGACUCAGGAAAAACAGCAGACUUGUGGAGAUAUGUAAAGUUGCCGUUUGCACCUUGACCCAUGACCAGAUGAUCGACCUUUUGAGGACCUCGGCAACCGUAAAGGUUGUGGUGAUACCUCCACAUGACGAUGGAAGCACUAGGAAAGGUCAGAUGUCAUCAGAGUAUGUGCCAUCUGAGAGUAGAGUUCCGAGAAGUGUAGGUCGCAGGGAGUCCAUAGGCAAACGGUCUCAUUCUGUUGGGGGUGGAUCUAGAAGCAAAGACAAAGAUUAUAGUUCUCAAAGAGUUCAUGCCAGGACUACAACUUCUCCAGCUGUUAACUCCAAUGGCCCCUCGCGUGGCACACAAUGGCAGAGACUACCAACCGAGUACUCUCCGGCUGAUGAUCAGGCACCUCAAGGGAAGGUUGCGGGUGACUAUGAGCAUUUAGACCAUGCAAGGACCGGCCUUAUAAUUGAUGAAGAAGCAAAGCAUCUUCGUCAGGUCUCCUUAGAACUUCAGCGCAAUCAACAUGGUUCUGAUAGCUCCGGACUGGGCAGUUUAGAGAGGAUGUCGCGAGAGGAAGUCAGUAGAAAUUUAAUGGAGCAUCGGGGCAGUAGAGAAAACAGACCGUACAGACAAGCAGAUGUAUCAAAUCAUAGACGUAGAAUAUCUAAAGAAGAUUCUGAAAUGGAAGUUUUAACACCAACAAAUUUCAAUCAGAAUAGGGGUGAAUCACCAUACAGUAACACUAAGAAGUACAGAACAGUUAAUGCAGCAGUUCAGGGCAGUAGAGAUACUUUAAUGAAUGCAAAUGAAGAGAAAUGGUAUGAUGUAGAUGACACUAAUGAUGAUGGUUACCAUGCUGAUUCAGGUUACCAUGACAGCACCAGGGCUGUUUCUAAAGAUAGCCUAGUUGAUCCAGGUUAUGGUAGUGGUCCACCAAUGCUGCCAGAUCCACAAGGAUUCCACGGAGACUACAAAGAUCUUGAUCACAUAAAUUAUGGACCUCCAGAAAGGUACAGCCCGGGUCAAAGUCCAUCAUAUCGGAGGACUGAGAAAGAUUUUACAUUUGACAUUAGUGUUCCACGUUCAAACACUUACGAUGCAUUACACAUUCCAAGCAAUUCAAAUCUUAGCGAUCAUUCAACUCAAUCUAGUGGGUCAGGCCAUCGAGAUCUCAGUGGAAGUCUUCGGGUAUCCAGACCAGGGCAACAAUCACCAUCACAAAGCCCAGUAAUUACAAGACAUCAUGCAACAACUGUACGCCCCCGCAGCCCUGAUCACAGAAAUAGUCCAAUGCGUGGAACGAGGGAGUAUAGUUCACAGCGUUUAAGAGGAAAUACCACCAACCACUCGUCAAGUAGCAGCUUAAGUGAUGCUAAUAGUCCAAGGCAGGCCAGAAGGAAAAUUCUUGAUCCUAAGCAAUCAUCAAAUGAGUCGUUGUCCAGUCGUCUCAGGCCAGGUGUUACCAAACCAACCAAACCAGCGUCUUCGUUACAAGAGGACUUACGGCGCCUACUUAGCACAAAUGAUCUGGAUAGCGAGGUAGAGAAUGAGAGUGAAUGGUCCUCCUUUUGCUCUUCUAACUCUCGAUCACCUGCACCUCCCCGGCCACCAAUCCGCACAUGCUCAUUUCAAUUCCGCCAAACGCUUGUUGCCUACUCACCUGCAUUGCACACAUCACAGGCCCUUGCAACUUACCCAGGCAAAUCAAACAACUCAACAUGGUCCAGCCUACAGCGUACACUAUCCGAUGAAAGUAUUGCAGCAGGAGGUGGGCCAUACAAGAAGUUGGGAGACCAUGAACCAUCAAAUGAGUCAAUGUUCAACACAGCUUUCCCGGCCCUAGUUCGAGUGCGUCGACUUCAAAGAGAAAAACAGAAUCUUGCAACACUUUUCAUCAAAGAAAGUUUAAAUUUUUGCAGAUUCCCGAUGUCGCCUUUUUCAGAAAAUCCAGACACAGUUAGCCAAACCGGAUCAACCCCUACCGUCUUCCCCCUCCCAGACAAUGCCUCACAUUUAGACUGGCAAAACCUUGUAGCAACAGCAAGUAAAGCAUUUGAAGGAAGUGACCACCACAAUGGUAAAGUAGCAUCUGUAGAUAGACUGAAUGAUAAUAUUAUGGAUCAAAAUGAAUUAACACCUUCCUUUCAACGAAAUUAUAUGGGACGAAAAGAUGUUCGGUAUCGGUCAUCGGGAGGAGCUCGGUACAAGAGCCAGGCCAAGACACCAACACGAGCCACCAAUGGUGAUUUAGCAGUAGCAAAUAAUAAUGGACAGCUAAAGAAACUUGUUCAUGAAUUAUCAAGAGAAAGAAGUGAGAAGCAAAGCCUAGAAGAUCAAAUUGAAAAGCUCCGACAGGAUAACAUGAGAUUGCAAGAAGAAUCGCAAACUGCUUCCACACAGCUUCGAAAAUUUACUGAAUGGUUUUUUAACUCCAUUGAUCGUCAAUAAAUGAAUGUUUUCCAAUUCCCAGAAUUAUGAAUGAGUCUCCCAUCAAAUUUAAUGAAAAAAAAAUAAUCUUUUAAUUGAAAAUAUUGAUGUACUUCUGGUAUAUUUUUCCUGAAUGCUUUAUCAUAAUUAAUUUAAUUGUGUUGAGCUUCUGUUGUUAAUGAAUAAUUAGGUUUUCUCAAUUAAUUAUCAAUAUAAUAUAUAUCAGUUGAACUGUAAGUCAUAUACUUGUGAAAAUGUUGUAACCCAAAUUUGAUAUCCAAAACUAUUCUAGAAAUCCAGCAAUUUAAAGCAAAUAAUAAAAUACUACCUGUCUUCCUGAUGUAAAUUUUUUUUAUAAAGAUAAACUAUUUUCUGAAGUAAAUCAAAUUUUUUCCAAUCCUUAUAAUAGAUUGUCUUCAGAUUGUAUCCAGGGCUUGAUAUAUUCCAUUAACCAAAACAAUAGAAUACAGUUUUUAUUAUUGGUAGUAUUUUAAGUGUUUUGUGUUUUUGUAUAGAUUUUUUAGCACUAAAUGUUAAUACCCAAUAUCAGAUAAUGUGCUACAAAAGCUUUUGUUUGUUUUAUUUUAGCUUGAAAUAUAAAAGGUUUUAAUAAUAUUCAUGCAUAUAUUGAUUAUAUUGAAUAGUAAGUAUUGAUUAUUGUAAUAACUCUUGUAUCAGUUGUGUUUGAAACACAGUGUAUACCUCUGGUACUCUAAUACUUUGUCCAGACUAUAAAAUUUUACUUUGCAAACAAUUGUAUGCCUGUAAUCAGGAUGUGCCUAUAUAUGGUCAUGAUGUAAUGUCAUCAUGACCAUAUUUGGGCAUGUCACAUGUUUGUCAAACAAAAUUUGAUAGUCUGGACAGAGCUUUAUUGCAGCAUUCUUUUUUUACAUUUUUCCUGCAUUUAUCCUACAUGAGUUGAUGUAAAUAGCUAUAAUAAUAUAAUGUAAAGAAUAUUCUGUUUGCAAUAUACAGUAUAGGUAUCUCUUUACAACUUACGACGCCUACAUCUGUGCAUGUUGACCAUUUUAUCAGAAAUUUUGAUUUCAAGUCGUAUUGUUAUUAUAAAAUGAGUUGAAGAAAAAGUGGGAUGAGUCAAACAAUAUGUUGACUUGUGCUAUAUUUUAUAUGAACUUGUAAAUUUGUAAAAAAAUAUUUUAAGAAAAAUGUUUUAAUUUUUAGGCUUGUGUUAAUAGAAAACAAAUUGUUUGAUUAUUAGGUUCAUUUGUAAAUUAUAAUGCUAAAGAUUACAGAAAAUAAGUUAAAGUAUACUUUAACUCUUGGUUACAAUGAGUUAAGUUUAAUUUUCAUUAUUAUUUUUGAUUAAUAAACUAGUUUUAUUCUGUAUUUCUGAUUGAAUAAAAAAAAACACCUGUGAGAUAUAAAGUAUGUAGAUAUUAUGUAAUGUUUAUGGUUGCUAUGAUAACUAUUUUGAUAAUUUCCCUCAGUUUAAUUAUAAUAUUCCAUCUUAGUACCAAUGAGGUAUUGAAAUUUAAAAGUAUUUGUCAUUACUAUUUAUAGUGGUUUAUAUGUUAUAGUGUGUUGUUUGCUUGACGGGUGGGCACAUUCAGUUUAUACAUAUGUAUUUAUAUUAUCCCUUUACUUUUAACCAUAUUGAACUAUUUUUCAUUUAGUUUGAAUGUAAGUUCAUUUUAUAUCAGAUAUUAAAAAUAUGACAAUAUUCA